AUGACGGACACUACUCCCGUAGCUCUCUUUAUGGAGCGGAAUCUCAUACAUGUGUUUCGACUCCUCUACCAACAAUCUCUCGGGGACCUACACGAAAAGCAUCAUUGCUCUCUGAAAUACCCUUGCAAGAUCUCCUCGGAGGCACUUAGGCCAUUCUACGCGCUGCGGAUGGUUUGCAAAUCCUGGGAUAAGAUCUACGGCGGCUUCUCCAACGAAGACGCGCCUUUCUUUCACGGAAAAGUAGAUAAGGGCUGGGAUGUCGACAGCCACGUUCGCCGGGGUAUUCUCCUAAAACGAUAUCGCGUUUACGAGACCGUUCAAGCAGAUGAUGGCCACUAUAUGGGCGUAUACCUUGCCCAUGACUUUGGCCACGACGGUGGAUGCCCAACCUCCCGAUCAGUCAUCGUCAAGGCGUGGUCUUCGUCCAGCGAUUCAGAAUGCCGAACGGAAACUCGGGCUUACUCCAUCCUUAAAAAGGCGGGCAUACGCGGAACGCCCGGGGUCCUGAAAAGCGAAUAUUGCCACCAGUGUUCUGUUGUAGCCAUAGUUAUGGAGCAUCUAGGGCCCACUCUAGGAACAGUACGACAGUGGCUCCCAGGGCGGAAAUUUACGGAGGAGAUGGUUCUGGCUGUUGCAAUCGAGAUGCUUGACAGAUAUUCUUCCAUUCAUGCCGUAGGCAUCGUACACAACGGCGUGAAGCCCCAAAAUAUCUGCAUUGCACCAUCCCUCGACGAGUCGAACGGGUCUACUAUCUACAUCAUUGAUUUUGGCUUCUCGAGCUUUUUCGAUGUCAACGAGCCCCGCCUAUCCACAACAUGUGGUUCAGGGACCGGCAACCGCCUCUUUGUGAGCGCCUUGUCUCAUAUCGGAGUUACGCAAUCUCAGCGCUGUGAUCUUGAAUCUCUAGCGUACCUCCUGGCGUACCUUUAUCAUGGCUCUUUGCCGUGGACGUCCAGUGAUAGUCAGCGUGCAAAAAUGUCCACUCCCGCUGCAACCAUUUUUCGUGACAUGGAUGCCGCCUUUCUACAUUUUUGGAAGGACAUUCGUUCCCUCGCUUUUGGCGAGAAGCCAAAUUAUUCGGCAAUGAAGACGCGCUUUGAAGAUGUAUGGAGAAGACGCGCCUACGAGAAUCAGCCUGGAAAGCUCAAUUGGAUUGAAUUGCUUGAGAAAUUGAAAACUGAUCAACGAAGAGUGGCUACAACAACUUCGUCUACGAGUCGACUCGUUCCGAUUUUUGAUCCGUCAAAAUCUAUCGUCGCGGCCUUCGACGAAAUCCAUGGAUGGAAUCGUCUUGAUAUUAUUCUGCAAAUUCCACACAAAUCUAGUGAACCCGCACCCUCGCCGCUGGGGUUCGUUGUUUUCUUCCUCGUGUAUCUCUUCUUCUGGCAAACCCUCUCAUUCCAUUGUCUAUGGUUCGUCGUGUGCAACUGGUAUUUCCAACCUUCUUGGAUCGCGCAGGAGCUCAAUGGGUGCGCUGACCUUGUUCUGAAUUACUGGACAAGGCGAAUUGAGCGAAUGAAGAGCACGGCAUCCGGAGUAGAGCCACACAAUUUUCUCAGAACUACGUAA